ACCAAUGACGUCACUUCCCAGUUAAACGUGGCUACCCCGCGAUUGAAGGAAGGAGUGGCUUCAGGAUCUGUCAAAAGUUAAAUGAUCUUUCGCGAACAUUAAUGACUAACUACGACGAUUGAACAGUUUCUAAGUGCUCCUUAGAGUUAACCCGUAGUUUUGUACGAACAGUAACGAAGAAAAGAUGUCAUCAUCAGGCGAUUUCGGAAACCCACUGCGUAAAUUCAAGCUCGUCUUUCUUGGCGAGCAGAGCGUGGGUAAAACAUCUCUCAUCACACGAUUUAUGUAUGACAGCUUUGACAACACGUAUCAGGCUACAAUAGGUAUAGAUUUCUUAAGUAAAACUAUGUAUCUAGAAGACAGAACAGUGAGAUUACAACUAUGGGACACUGCUGGUCAAGAACGGUUUCGUUCUCUAAUACCUAGCUAUAUCAGAGAUUCUACAGUUGCAGUUGUUGUUUAUGAUAUCACUAAUGCUAAUUCAUUUCAUCAAACAUCCAAAUGGAUCGAUGAUGUUCGAACUGAAAGAGGAAGUGAUGUUAUAAUCAUGCUAGUAGGAAAUAAAACAGACUUGAGUGAUAAAAGACAGGUUUCUACAGAAGAAGGUGAACGAAAAGCUAAAGAAUUAAAUGUGAUGUUCAUUGAAACUAGUGCUAAGGCCGGAUAUAAUGUUAAACAGCUAUUUAGAAGAGUAGCAGCAGCUUUACCUGGUAUGGAUUCCACUGAAAAUAAACCUCCUGAAGACAUGCAAGAGGUAGUUCUGAAGGACACACCAAUUGAACUCAAAGCAUCGGAGAGCAGUUGUGCAUGCUAAAGCCACCGUCGGCCUAAUGGUAGACAGGAUACAUUGAAAUAAGUUAAAUUAAAAUCUUAUUUUAGGACAUUAGGAGACAAUGAUAUUUGGUCUGUGUUUUUCGCAGCAUUGAUAAUGCAUCUGAAUAAUGUGAAAAACGAGAGCACUGUAUUUAAAUGGUAAUGAUAUUGGCUGGUAAAAGGAUAGCGAAACAGUCUAUGCGAACUGAAUAGCCUAAACGGACUGCUUUUACACAAUAAUGUUUGUAGCUAUACUCGUAAAUUGUAGUUUCCAUCUUAAUCCCGCAUUAUUUAAAGUAUUUUCAAUCACGGCUUUUUAUCGCGUGAGUACUAUUCACGACAUAAUUUUAUGAUCUAUAAUGCAAUGCUUUUUUUCUUUUCUGUUCUUUUUUAUUUUUUUUUAUUAUUAUUUUUUUUUUUUUUUUGUUUUUAUUAUAUGUUAACUGUCUACGUAAAAAAAUUCAAGUUUCUGAAUGUACUUACUGUAAUAUCGAUAAGCAAUAUAUUCGACGAUUUUUAUUGUUCGAAUUGUACGUUCUAUAGAAUUCGUAUUAUAGGUAGCGCUGUGUGCAUGUUUGAAGGCUGAUGCAUGGUGUCGUGCACCAUCGGUAGAAAAAGUUUUCAGAUUUAUUAAAGAAAACUAAUUUUCAAGCAACAAAUUUAUAUAUUGCGUAAAUGCAGUCACGAUAGUAGUCUUUUACACGCCGCCGCAGGUUUCUAAUCAAAGAGAGAUUUUAACAUUAUUUCAAUUUGUCAGCAAUAAUGCUAUUCAUACAUUUUUUUUUGUUUUGCUAAUUUAUUUCUACUUGUUAAUCUCUAUGAAAGGAAAAAGAGAAAGAGACUUAAGAACUUGAAUCAUACAUUUAAGUUGAGAGUCAACGAGGUACGCGAAAAAGACUUGCCGUAAAAUUUUUUUUAUGGGCUUAACGAACGAUCAGUAGCUAGAGCGGUACCUCUUUUUUGUAUCGAUUUUUAUUAUUAUUAUUAUUAUUAUUAUUAUUAUUAUUAUUAUUAUUAUUAUUAUUAUUAUUAUUAUUAUUAUUUAAGAUUAAUUUCGCUCGUAAAAUGAACAUUUUUCGCGCGCUACGACCGGUCCCUCUCGUCGAUCGAUUGUACGGUCCACAGUUAAUUGCAUUUUUUUAUUCGAGCAUUGAUCGUGCAUUAAUACUUUACUGACUGAAGUAAUUUUAUUAAAAAAGAAAAAAAAAAAAAAAGAA